CCAUUCACAUCUUCACCACCUACAACUCUCACAUGGAGUCCCAAAACCCUCCUCGUUCCAUUCCCGAUCCAUCAGCACAACCCACUUUUCCGGCCAAAUUUGCCCACCAGCUGAAACACAAUCUCAUUUUCCGGUCCAAAUGGGCUGAGUUGAACGGUGCAAUAGGCGACUUAGGCACCUACAUCCCAAUCGUAGUGGCCUUAACCCUAGCAAGAGACUUAAACUUGGGCACCACGUUGAUCUUCACCGGAGUCUACAACAUCAUCACCGGAGCCAUCUACGGCGUCCCCAUGCCGGUCCAACCCAUGAAGGCCAUUGCCGCCACAGCCCUGGCCAACCCUGAUUUCGGCGUGCCCGAGAUCAUGGCUGCCGGAAUCCUGACCGGUGGCACCUUGAUCAUUUUGGGUGUCACUGGUUUGAUGCAACUUGUCUAUAAACUCAUUCCUUUGUCUGUUGUCAGGGGAGUUCAACUCGCACAGGGAUUGUCAUUUGCGUUGACCGCGGUCAAGUACAUUAAGAAGGUCCAGAACUUGCCCAAGUCCAAAGCCCUGGGGGAGCGGCACUGGCUAGGGUUAGAUGGGUUGGUGUUGGCUAUUGUCUGUCUUUGUUUCAUAGUCAUUGUUAAUGGUGCAGGUGUGGAUGUGAGUGAAGGUGGAGUUGAGGAUGAAGAAGAAAGUCCUAGCAGAAAAAAGAGAUGGAGGAGAAUCAUGGCUUCUCUCCCUUCGGCUUUUAUGAUCUUUGUGUUGGGUGUGAUUCUGGCUUUUAUAAGAAAGCCAAACAUUGUUCAUGAAAUUAAGUUCGGGCCAUCUCCGAUUGAGGUUGUGAAGAUGAGUAGGCAUGCAUGGAAAGAUGGGUUUAUCAAAGGAGCAAUACCACAACUGCCUCUGUCAAUAUUGAACUCGGUGAUUGCUGUGUGCAAAUUGUCAUCUGAUCUUUUCCCAGAGAAAGAUUUCUCUCCCUCGUCGAUUUCGAUCACGGUUGGGCUGAUGAAUGUGGUAGGUUGUUGGUUCGGAGCCAUGCCUAGUUGUCACGGGGCCGGCGGGUUGGCCGGUCAGUACAAGUUUGGGGGGAGGAGUGGUGGGUGUGUGGCACUACUAGGGUCAGCCAAAUUGGUGUUGGGUUUCGUUUUAGGGACUUCUUUGGUGACAAUUUUGAAUCAAUUCCCAGUUGGAGUUUUGGGGGUGUUGCUCUUGUUUGCUGGGAUUGAACUGGCUAUGUGUGCUAGGGACAUGCAUACUAAAGAGGAAUCAUUUGUGAUGCUUAUAUGCACUGCUGUUUCACUUGUGGGUUCAAGUGCAGCACUAGGAUUUGUGGUGGGGAUGGGUGCGUAUGUGCUUCUUUGGUUAAGAAAGUUGGGCUGCAAUGACAAACCUAAUUCUAACGAUUUGAAUGCAUGAUCAUCCUUAGUAGAAAAUUAUGAUCACAAUCCAUGAUACAAUCCAUGAUGCAUGGUGUAGCUAGCUAGACUAGCUUGUAUGUGUUUCAAAAAUGCUUGCUAGUAUGGUGCAAGAGAUUUGGAAUUGUUCUGAAUUGAGUGAGGAUGGAUAGUGAGCUUGUAUUGUGAUUUUCACAGCAGUGGUAUUUGCAUUCGGAUUUAUUCUUGUUACACUAUAAUGUGUAAAUAUCGACUUGCAAAGAAUAAGGAAACUUCCUUUCGUCGACUGUUGCAGCUUAUCGGUGGUUGUUGUUCAUGUGUUGUGUUCUUAGUUUGGACUUUGAUAGCUUUUGUUUUUGUUGUUGUUUGUUGUUAGAGGUCUUUUGGUCUCAGUGUAAUCCUUUGUUGUUACUGCUGAUGUUUAAUCGCCAAAAGAAUAAAUUGUGUUCAUACAUGCAUAUAUUGUUUG